AAUAAAGAAGAGAGUAAAAGAAAGCAAAGUUGCAGGUUCUUUCCUUCGUUUGUUCGAUCUUGGAAACAACACAUAUUACUCUACUCGACUCCUUACCCAACCUUCACAAAUCAGAUCCCAAUCUUUCAUUCCUUUUUCGAUUCAAACUCUGAUUGUAUUUUCAUUCACAAAUUGUUUGAAUCAAUCGAAAUAAUCAAAUAAUAAUAAUAAUUAUAAUAAUAAUAAUAAUGUUUAGCAGAGUAUUUGGCAAACCUAAACAGGAAACCAGCAACGCUGUUGCCACUUUAGACAAGUUAAACGAGACACUUGAAAUGCUAGAGAAAAAGGAGAAAGUGCUCCUUAAAAAAGCAGGUGCAGAAGUUGAAAAAGCCAAAGAAUUCACUAAAGGAAAGAACAAAAAGGCGGCAAUUCAGUGUUUGAAGAGGAAGAGGUUAUAUGAACAGCAAAUUGAGCAGCUUGGAAAUUUCCAGUUGCGUAUUCAUGACCAGAUGAUAAUGUUAGAAGGUGCUAAAGCCACAACGGAAACAGUAGAUGCGUUACGAACAGGAGCAGCUACUAUGAAGGCUAUGCAGAAAGCAACGAAUAUUGACGAUGUCGACAAGACCAUGGAUGAGAUAAAUGAACAAACUGAGAACAUGAAGCAGAUUCAAGAAGCAUUGUCAGCUCCAAUUGGUGCUGCUGCUGAUUUUGAUGAGGACGAACUGGAAGCAGAACUUGAGGAACUGGAGGGUGCCGAGUUGGAAGAACAGCUUCUUCAACCAGCAACUACAGCUCCUGCUGCCCCGGUGCAUGUCCCAGCUGGGCGGCAACCUACACGCCCUGUUCCUGCAAAGCCAACUCCCGAGGAAGAUGAAUUGGCAGCUUUGCAGGCCGAGAUGGCACUUUGAGCUGGUACCUUUUCAUGGCUGUGACACAACCGAUUUGUGAUGUUAUCUAUGUAUUAGUUUCUUUCAUUGGAACUAAUGUUGCAUUUGAUAUGUUAGAUGAUAUGUUUAUGUUCCAUUUUCAUGUUUUACCUAAGCCAGAAACAUUUUAGGUAGUUGUUCUAUUUGGUUUUGCCGCGGCUGGCUUAGCUCAAGCCAGAAUUUCGCUGGCUUUGUUAUCUAUGACGAUAAGUGUCUUCCACGACAUAUUGUAAUAUGUAACGACUGUGAUGUGGAGAAUUCUGCUUCUCUCCUUCUGGCUUAUAUGUGUGAAAUUAUUGAACAGAACAGAGGAUGUAUAUAAAAGGUGGAAUUUUUAUUUUAUUUUUUAUCA